CACAGGCCAAUAACGGCGGCGGGCGCCGGUCUCGCCCUCUAGGCUCCGCCCCGUCUCCUCAGAGCCGGGAGAGGUAGAAUUUGCAGGCCGCCGCACCUGACUGGAUCCUGCUGAAGGCGAGCGGCCGCGUCUCGGCGGGCAGGCUUACAGGGCUGCCCCUUUGGAGAUUUGGAAAAUGGCAGCAAAUGAGAGUGUCGGCAUCUUCAGCCCAGCCUCCUUGGCUGUGGAGUAUAUCGAUUCACUUCUGCCCCAGAAUCCUCUGCAGGAGCCCUUUAAGAAUGCUUGGAACUAUAUGUUGGAUAAUUACACCAAGUUUCAGAUUGCAACUUGGGGCUCCCUUAUAGUUCACGAAGCUCUGUAUUUCUUAUUCUCUCUUCCUGGAUUUUUAUUUCAAUUUAUACCCUUUAUGAAAAAGUACAAAAUUCAAAAGGAUAAACCAGAAACAUGGGAAGGCCAGUGGAAAUGUUUCAAAAUACUUCUCUUUAAUCACUUUUGUAUCCAGCUUCCGCUGAUUUGUGGAACCUAUUACUUUACAGAAUUUUUUAGCAUUCCUUAUGAUUGGGAAAGAAUGCCAAGAUGGUGCUGGAUCCUGAGCCGGUGCUUUGGCUGUGCGGUCAUUGAGGACACCUGGCACUACUUCCUGCACAGACUCCUGCACCACAAGAGGAUCUAUAAGUACAUCCAUAAGAUGCACCAUGAGUUCCAGGCUCCAUUUGGAAUGGAAGCUGAAUACGCACACCCUUUGGAAACCCUGAUUCUGGGAGCUGGAUUUUUCAUUGGAAUCGUGCUUUUGUGUGAUCAUGUCAUUCUUCUGUGGGCGUGGGUGACUAUCCGCCUCAUAGAAACUAUUGAUGUCCACAGUGGGUACGAUAUUCCCCUCAACCCCUUGAAUCUCAUCCCCUUCUACGCGGGCUCUCGGCACCACGAUUUCCACCACAUGAACUUCAUCGGGAACUACGCCUCGACGUUCACCUGGUGGGACAGGAUCUUCGGCACCGACUCUCAGUUCCAUGCCUACUACGAAAAGAAGCUUGCGAAGAAGGCCGAGUAGACCUCCGUGAGCCUUCCUCAGCAACGCAUUCUCCCAAGUUGAAACUAGUGGCUAACAUUGCUUCUGGGGAGCAGAAAGAAGUCCGUGUCUCGACUGCUGCUGAGUGACUGAGAGAACAUUAACAACCUUUAAUCCUCUUCCUAGCGGACCUGUUUCUACUUUAAGUGCAAGUCUGUGUAUGUAAACACAUUAGAUUAAAUACAGUCUUCAUGAGGAAGUUUUAAAGGCCACGUUGCUGGCCUUACCAAAAGGUUGUGAAAAAUCAGAAACAUUCAGUCCGAACCUUUCCCCCGGAACACCGUGGGCCUGGAGUCGACACUGGCCUUUCUGUCUGUUAGAUGCACUCUGGUCAUUUCAGAACAUCCUGAAGCUGCAGUGUGGCCUCAUUCUCAGCUCUUGCAGAUUUGCCUGAAGAUCAGAAUAACCAUGGAUGGGAGCGUCUUGGCUGGCAUGCCGGAUCGCCUGCAGCUGCCAGGCCGGCUCUGGCCCACAGUGAGAGCCGACCACUCUGGGGUGACUUCCUCUGAAGAACUGUGGGUGAUGACCUAUGCCACCGGCAUCUGUAAUUGAAGCAGUUCCAAAUUAAUGGAAAAUAGAUAUUUUAGUCUAAAGGUUUUCCAGGUUACUUGAAUUAUUUAAAAAUGAGGAGCUUUAUUUCUGCUAUCUACCCUUUCAUUUUUGUAUAUCAGGUUUUCAUUAUACUUACAGCUGUAUCUGGAAACUUUGUGAACUGACUGGGUGUAUUUGCACUUUGAGCUGUUGAAAUAAAUGUGAUUUUUGUCUGAUUAUCUAGUUUCCAACACCA